AACAAUGGCUUUCUUGAGAUUAAAAAAGAACAUGCCCACUCUCCAGAAUCAACAGUGUCCUCCCUACUGGCGAGCUGUAGCCUGAACAGUAUCAGUGGCUGCUUGAACUCUAAUAGUUCAUUCCAAUACAAGGACAAAUUGUAUAAGUCUGCAUCUCAAGCUUUGGAGGCAUAUAUUGAAGACUUUGACCUUGGUCUUGCAUCUUCAGACAUAAGGCCUGGAAAAAUCUGCAUUACUUCGAGUACUCCAAAAGACCUCAGGUACUCAGAGGACAAUUUCAAGUGCAAGCAUGUUCUGGGGAGCUACAAGCAGUGUGAGAAACCAGUUUCAGUUGUUCCGUAUCAGAGGCGAAAAAUUACUGAUGAGUUAGAUGUACUCAGUCUCACCACAGAUGAUCUCCUAGCAUUUCCUGCUGAUGGUUCUGUAUCUUUUACCCAAAGUGGUGCCUUGAGGACAGCCCCUUUGACUAGCAACCUGAAGAAGAAAUCAUUUACAGAAUCUGCUUCUCAAAUUUGUCAUCAGACUUCAUCGUUUGGCCACAAAGAACUGAAUUUUACAGAUUCCUCCUUGUGCCAAGACUCUAGCAGAAGGGUGCACACAAAACAUAAAUUUUGCAAACAUGAUUCUGGCCUUCCUAUAAGAGAACAGCCAGUUGGGCAAGGCGACUCAGAGUCUGUCUCUCAUCGGAACUAUCCAAGGUGGCUAACAAGCCAAAAAACUGAUUUGAGCAUUUCAGGAAUAAGCAGUAUUCCUGAUUUCAAGUAUCCAGUCUGGCUGAAGAAUCAUCACCUCCUGCCAGAUUCCAGUAAUGAGAAUUCUGCCCUGCCACAAAACGUAGAAUGUGAUCCCAUAUUUUUGCACAGUAACAAGAAGUUGAUAAAGAAGGAGACUCUGGACAGACCCAUCACCUCUGCAUAUCCUGGGAAUGAUGAUGUGUUGGGCUUACAAUAUAAUCAGGAUGUUUCAAAGAGUAGCCAGUAUGAUGCUUCACAUGCCUGUUUUGCACUUCAGCCUUUAAAGGGCCAAAGGGACCCCUUUCAAGAUGAUGGCACUGAGUCAUUACUUCAGAAACCAUGGAGAACUCUGAAAUCUUCUGAGGAAUUAAAUGCUGCACUGAAAAAUGAUAGCAGCCCUUGUACAGUGGAUAUACUGGAAGCUGAAAGAUCAUGGGAUAAUGUUCCAGUUGGUUUGAGAUCUCCAGUACCUGUGUGUUGUGAAGAUGAGAACUCUGUACAGAGUCCCAAAGCAAACAUAGUCAAUGGAUUUUUGGAAGACUGCUUGAAGAAUAGCAGCCAGGAGAGUACAUUUUCUGGAGGGAAUCAUCAUGGGCCUGUAGAAGCUUUGAAGCUAAUGCUGUUUAAUCUUCAAGCAGUCCAGCACAGCUUUAACCAGAACAAACCUGCUGGACAAAAGGAAGAGUUUAAAAAAACUUUAGAUGAAGAUGGGGAAUUGAAACUGUGCGAUAGUGAUAUGAUGCCUAUAAGACAAUCCCUUCAGAGGGCUUUACAUCAUUUAUCUCGACUUAAAUGUCUGGUUGAAGAUACAGAUGACAAAGAAGAAUCGAAAGAAUAUCAAGACAGAAAGGAUAUAUGUACUGGAUAAAUGUAGUGUCUCGUCUGUUAUUGAGUACAGCGGGUGAAGUUCUCAAGGCACUGUCCAUGUAAUCUGGCCACACAUAAGUAUCUUUUUAAAAAGUCACAAUAUUUCAAGAACUCAUGAGGGUUUGCAUAAAUAAACCAAAUUGGUGUGCAUA